UGACGUAGGGGCGUAAGCCAAGACUUUCGCCGUUUAUAGUUGACGUCUACACUUAUAAAAAGCCAAGUGAGCCCUCGAGUCUCUUUCUUAAUAUCAUGCUCAAUCUCACAAGCAUUCACAAGAAACCAAUUUUUUUCAUUUAAACACAAACCAAGUCUUACCAACUUCUUCAAACAACCACAACGAUGUCUGACACCGGCCGCAAGGAUUUCUCCACCAAGGCGCAAGAGAAGCUCACGCCCGAGUCGCAAAAGUCCACCGCCGACAAGAUCUCCGAGACCUUCACUGAUACCUCGGACCGGAUCUUCGGUGCCGGUCAGCCCAACCAGGAUAAGUCCACCACGCAGCGCGCUUUUGACAGUGUUCGUGGCGAAUCGGACAACCAGGCCCAUGGCAGCAGCUCGCAGACUGUUGGACAGAAGGUUAAGGACACUCUCGGACUAGGGGGCAACUAGAUGAUAACGACCGUCUCUAAAUGAUCUAAUGGCGCGAUAAUGUGUGGAUUUGGUCAGAUUGUUUCUGUUCGGUUAAUAUGGUAGGAGAGGCAUUUAUUCUCUCGCUGCCUACUCUAUCUAUCUGUGAUACUACGACCUAGUGUAUUAUGAAUAUCAGAUGAACAUGAUAAUGCAAUCAAAGAUAAUUUGUCGCU